GCUGUGCAGAGAUGACUGCAUCCAGUGCAGUUGCGUUCGGUUGUAGGCUGAAAGCAAACAGCGUCCACCCCUAGCGGCAUCUUCUGAUUGUGUAUACUUUCUACCAACGAGAAGGCAGCUCUUGUCACUGGUAUAAUAUCAUACUUCUCAACUUUACGAGAUUGGUGGUGAUGUUACGAAAUUCGAGUCUUUGAGACAAAAAUAAGCGGCACGUUUUGAUCUCAACAUUGCUUAGAAAAAAUGUCUGUAGAGGCUUUAGAAGGAACGACGUCGUUGGAUUUAGCCAAAGUGGCUACAACGCUUUCAGAUCAGAACGCAAAUCACGACUGUAUAAAUAACUGUGAGACUGAUAAUGCAAACAUUGACAACGAUUCUAUUGAGCCAUCCUCACCACGUGGAGAAGGUGAUGGCGACGUGACAACAAAUAUUGAUGACCUAAUGGAUGUGACAGAACUGCCACACACUGGUGAUCUACCAAACGUAGAAAUUCCAGUCGAAAAGAAAAAUGCCACGGAUAUUGAAACAAAAUUAAUUCAAGAAGCUGAAGUAGUGGAAGGUGAGGUGGUAAGUGACUCAACUGUCGCAAAAAAUGAUUCUGGAGAUACAAAACCAAGUGCUCUUCAACUUGUGAAUGAUGAGACACCAAAGUCACCUGUUCAGUCGCCUGUACCCCAAUCACCAGUUCCUCAGUCCCCAGUCAGAUCUGUGACGGAAGAGCCAGCGCAUGAAGCGCCAACAAUAGUUGAUUUAUUCGUCGACACCUCAUCAAUAGCAACAAACCCUUCUGAAACAAGUGAAGACAGCAGAUCACAUGUAUCUACUGAGAGUGAGGGAAAACAACACAGACUCAUGAACGGUGUACCAGAGAAAACGAAAACGAAAGAACCAAAGACAAAUAAAUCAUCUUCUAGUCGUCCAUUUACACCUAGAUCAAACAAGUCGUCACUGUUGCGUUCCUUACCAAAACCAGCUGGUGAUAGUAAGUCACCAAAUCUGCCCAAAGGGAAGUCCACUUUACCGAAGAGGAGACUUGUAUCUCCACGAUUAUCGGGUAGUGGUGAUGAAUCUGCUAACAAAGUGGCAUUAACAGCUGCUGAUCCUAUACCAGACACUCAAAGCGACUUUAAACCGGGGGAGUUUUGGGAGGCCAAAAAGGCAAUUGCUCAAGUCAAAGCAAAACAGACAUUGUCUGCCCGAAAAGAUUUCGCAAAGUCUAAUAGACUAUUCGGGGUAAAGUCCAUGCCCCAAGACCCUUCCCCUCCCCCUAUAAGACGUGCGACCAGUAAAGCCAGCAUGGCUGGUUCGGUGAUGACUCACAGUGAUAGAUCACAUACAAAGUUCGAACCAAAUCCUUAUGGAGCAGCUGGAGAAAAAUAUAUAACACCAUUACAACAGAAGGAGAGACAGGUGAAAGAUCUCCACCAUUAUAUAGUUACACUGGAAAAAGUAAUUGAUGAGAAGGACCUCUUGAUCGAAAGUUUCGAGCAGCAGAAAAUUGACGGCAUUAAUGCAAUGGAACAAAAUAAAAACGAAGAAAUAAAAGAGGUUCAACAAACACUCAAGAAAUCUCAAGAGGAGACAGAAGAAGUAAGGCAGAAAUUACAGGAAACUGAGAAAACUUUGAGCAAACGAGAGGAAAAGAUUAAUCGACUAGAAAAGGUUAUAAACAAUAUGGAACAAGAGUAUGAAGAGCGUGAAGCUCUCCACCAGGAGCGCUAUUUAGAAAUGUACCAAAAAGGUAUGGCCGCGAUGACAAUAGAGCACGAUGAAGAUCUGGUAGCCGGUGCACAAGCCGAUCCCAAGAGUGCAAACAUCAAGAUGCUUCUGAAGAAACUAGAAAAAACCGAAAUGGAGCUAGCAAAAGUCAGGGAAAGUAGACGUCUUGAAGUUUACGAGCAUGCACUUCCUUUGGAGAGCGAUUCAGAGGCUAGAGUUGAGCUUUUGAAGAGUGCCGUUUACUACUUUUUAACGGACAAAGAACCAGAUAAUAAUUUGAAAACGAUGCUUUCAAUGUUAAACUAUAGCGAAGUACAGAAAACCAACAUCAAAUCACACAUUAAGAAAAAGAAAAAGAAGUAAGAACUGUUUUGAUAUAUCCGUUUUAGGCCUAUAUUUAUUAAAUAUCAUUCAAGAGAGUCUUGGUGUGAAUUGUUGGUGAUGGUUCUAGUUUCCAUUGAAGAGUCCUAAGGUAUAGUCAAUUCAAUGCUUACAACGACCUUGCAUCUCUAAGUGCUUUAUAUUAUUUUUUCAAUACAUAGGCCUACAUUAUAAAACGAUACGUCGAUGGUUGGUUGUGUUGUGGAGUGUCAGAAAAAUGCCUGGGAAACAGAUUCCACAUUGUCGGCCACUCAAACAAGUUUAUUUAUUUCAGUCAAUAAUGCUAAAAUUUAUAGUAACUUUACUACUGAAAUGAUGGUGAAAAUAAGCAAUUGAUAUUGAUUAUUCAAAAUCAAAUAUUCCACUAGGCCUGUAAUUUAGAAAAUAUGCAGUUUAGUUUUAUUUUAACUAACUUUGGCAUAUGAGAUGCAGGAAAAAAUCGUUAGACAGAUACAAAGGACGAUUGCCACCAAUAUUCAUUCUCUGGUUUGGUUUGAGUUGUAUAUAAUUGACUUAACAGCUUUAUAAUUCGUGUGUAAUCGACCAUUUUAGGCAUAAUAGAUAAAUAACGUUAAUAAGCUUAGGUAGCCAUUUUUGAUACCAAACAAAAUUGAUUGAAAUGUUUCAUUGACAUCUUUGCCACUGUCGCUUCGAUAUUGUAGAUUUCGUGUUAAAAACAAUUUGGCUUAAUAGAUUUUUUUGAGAUUGUACAGUAUUGUUGUGUCAGUUGAAUAUACAAUUGUAAUACGUUAACAUUAUAAAUGUUGACAUUUUUAUAUGAUUUAAUCAAAGGUUUUGUCAGUUUGGGUAUUGGUGGUUAAUGGUUAACAUAAUGAAAAAUGCAGGUUUGAUUCCUUGAAGAUGAAAUUGUUUCAAUUGGUUACAAAAGAAAUGUUUGACUCAAUUUAUUACUGGUAUGUAUGCACGUUUUUCGAGCACAAGUUAUGCGAGAAAAAAUGCCAGAGCCAAAUAUAAUUUUGUCCGUGUGCACCUUGUAUUGCUUAAACAAUUAUUAUGAUUUUAAUGAGUUUCGUUUUUAUUUAUACAUAAACCCAGGUACACUGUUCUAUUUACAAUAAUUUAUACAUUUAAUUGAAUAUCUAAUGUUAUGAAUAGGAACCAAAUUAUACAUUUGAAGUUGCGAAAAUGUAAAAAUGUUUUCUGUUAUUUCUUGAAUUAAAUUUUACAAUAGUACAAACCAAAAGUUCUGAGAAACACUGAAAGAUCAAUGCGUUAAAUGGUCAGAAAAAUGUGCAGAUAUUUGCAUUAUAAAAUCUUCAGUUUUGAAUUUGUAUUGUUUUUCAUUUUGUUAAUAAAUAAAAAAGCAAUUGAUAAUAUAUUAUAUUUAAGAGUACGUAUGUGUACAUUUCUCGUAGGCCCUACUCCUAUUACCAUUUUUCAUAGUUUGUAUUUAAUUAUUACUUGACGUACGAUAACUGUGCCUAUUGAACAGUAUGACUGUUUAAAACGCCAAUAAUGUAAAGUGAUUUUGUAAACGUUGAUUUAAAGUUGAUAUGUCACUUUUAUUUCAUUAUAAUAGUGAUAUUCAUGUUGCUUUUUGUCAAUACUAUGUUUCAAUAUGCUUUUAUUUUUAGGGAUGCUCUUUAAAAUCAAUAUGGUUUGGGGGAAAAUUCACUAUCACAUAAUGUUUACUAUCCAGAGAUAAUUCAUGAAAUAAUGUAAACGUGUCUUGCAUGUAUUUGCCUUCCUUGCCGAUAUAUUUCAAAUCGUACAUAUGUUCAUUGAUAUAAUGAUAUGGAGAUAAGUAAAGGCAUAUGCUAACCCACAGACGGAACGAUUAACAACAUUUAUUAAUUAUAGGCGAUUUUGGAAAGGGUAUAAAUGUACUGCUUCGUAUGACGGUGUUUGUUUACAAUGCAGUCAUAUUGUAUUAAGAUGUAGGCCUACAUGUUUACAUUUUGGUGGUGUUUGAUUAAUUGCUAAUAAACUGUUGAAUCACAUCCA